CACGUCCCAAGCACCUCCAACGAAACCAGUGGAGUCGAAAUCUCCUCAGAGGACGUCGAGAACGCUUCCAGCUCGUCUGACUCGGGUGAUGAUGAACAAGAAAGCAUCAACCCAAUGGAUGCCUCGCAACGACGGAGACUCCAAAAUGCCAAGUUCAAUGUCCUCUUGUCCAAGCGCGCGGUCAUCUAUCCAGUCGACACCAACAAAAGGGCGGCUCCUGAUCUGCCAGACGCUCAGCUUUCGACCGCUCACUUGAUAGUCAAGCACGAUCUGGCUACUGGUACCUUGGACCCAAGAGACUACCAGGUGGAGUUAUUCGAAAGGGCCAAAGCACAGAAUACAAUUGCUGUGCUCGAAACUGGCUCGGGAAAGACUCUAAUCGCAGUGCUGCUGCUUAGGCAUACAUUGCAGAACGAGCUCAAUGAUCGUGCUCAAGACAAGCCGCAUCGCAUAUCAUUUUUCUUGGUCGAUAGCGUUACUCUCGCGUUUCAGCAAGCGGCAGUGCUACGUCACAACCUCGAUCAGAGCGUUGGUCAGUUCUUCGGCGCCAUGGGAACUGAUCUAUGGAACAAGGAGAUCUGGGAUGAGCAUUUCAGGACAAACAUGGUCAUUGUCUGCACGGCGGAGAUCCUGCAUCAGUGCUUGCUCAAUUCUUACAUCAGGAUGGAUCAGAUCAAUCUCUUGAUCUUCGAUGAAGCUCAUCAUACCAAGAAAGAUCAUCCGUAUGCACGGAUUAUUCGUGACACAUACCUGAAGGAGGUUCCUUCAAAACGGCCAAGGAUAUUUGGGAUGACGGCUUCGCCAGUGGACACCAAAGGUGAUGUGGUCGAUGCUGCGAUGAGACUCGAAACAUUGCUUGACAGCACUAUUGCCACAACAUCCCAGGCUACCUUACUGCGGCAAUAUGUCAGUCGCCCAGUCGAAGAAACGUGGGAAUACAAGAGAUUAGAGCCCCCAGUAGCGACAGCCUUGUACAAGGAUCUCAAGCAACGCUUUGGUGACCUCGAGUGUCUCGAGGGCAUCUUCAAAUUUGCCUGGCAGGCAACCUCUGAACUAGGUAGUUGGUGCUCGGAUAGAGCAUGGCUACGUGCUUUAGCAGAUGACGUUCUGCCCAGACUCGAGGGGAAGAUCAACAAGUCGGUUGAGUCUGAUAGCUCACUCACAGAGCCCCAGGAUACACAUACACAAAUCUCGCGAAUCAGAGAGGCCAGCGACCUUGUCAAAAGACAUGAGCUCAGUAGCCCUUCCGGUCCAGAAGCGCUAAGCUCUAAGGUGCAGCUGCUCCGUGCAGAGCUGCAGAAGCGUUUUCUGCAUCCAGAUCAGACAAAGUGCAUUGUCUUCACAGAGAAACGCUACACCGCGUUGAUGCUGUUUGAGCUUUUCAACAACUUAUCUAUCCCUUUCCUUCAACCUGGUGUGCUUAUUGGAGUUCGAUCGGGUGACGUUGCAGGAAUGGGCGUAACCUUUCGUCAGCAAUUCCUUACCUUGAUCAAAUUCAGAGAAGGAGAAAUCAACUGCUUGUUCGCUACCUCGGUAGCUGAAGAAGGUCUCGAUAUUCCGGACUGUAAUCUCGUUGUUAGGUUCGAUCUGUAUCAGACACUCAUUCAGUACGUGCAGAGCCGUGGUCGUGCCCGACACUACAGGUCAACGUAUGCAAUUAUGGUCGAAAAAUACAAUUCGCAGCACCAGGACCGCCUGUCGGAGGUUCGAGAUGCCGAGAGCAUAAUGCAACAAUUCUGCGAAGCUCUGCCUGAGAACAGAUUGUUGCAUGGAAACGAUGACCUAGAAAAGGUUUUGGAGAAAGAAGCCGGCAAGCGGACUUACACUAUCCAAGCAUCUGGUGCCAAGUUGACCUAUCACUCCGCCAUUGCCAUACUCGCCCGCUAUGCUAGCUCUCUGCAAUAUGAGAAAGAGCAAGACGCGAAAGUGCACUAUGUGGUACUUCCUGUUCACAAUGCUUUUGUUUGCGAGGUUAUUCUGCCUGAGAAGUCGCCAGUGGUAGGGCUCACUGGAAGCCCGGAAAUCCGAAAAUCGAGAGCAAUGCAGUCUGCAGCAUUUGAUACCUGCAUACGGCUACGCAAAGCUGGGUUGCUCGACAAUCACUUCAAGUCAAUGUUCCACCGUCGCUUGCCUGCGAUGAGGAAUGCCAAGCUUGCCAUAACCUCCAAGCAGACUAGCCAGUACGACAUGAUAGUCAAACCGUCAUUCUGGGAAGACAAAAGAGGCGAGCAUCCAAGUAGUCUUUACAUCGCUGUAGUCCUGUUGGAACCUUCCGGUCCGCUAACAAGACAACAUGCAAGUCUCUUGUUGCUAACUAGGAACCCCCUUCCCGAGUUUCCAGCAUUUCCCAUCUAUCUCGAUGAGGAUAUAGAGACGAUUGUGCAUUUGGUUCCUUUGAAAGAACAGCUAACAAUAUCAAAGAUAGAGCUGCAACAUUUGACGACAUUUUUCCUUCGAGUGUUCGGUGACAUCUUCCACAAGACCUAUGGCUACCAACCCGAGAGGAUGGCAUAUUGGCUAGGACCGACACAUAUUCAAGUAAUUCCAGAUCGAGGCACCAGCCCCAGGGACUUGGUUGACUGGAAGACCCUGAUCCACGUGUAUAAGAACGAGACUUUGCCGGUCCCAAGCAAUGCAAAUCCAAAUUAUCUGCUUGAUCGCCUGGUCUUCGAUAACUGGAACGGAGCAUGCAGAUACUUCACUCUUGCGGUUGAGAAAAGUCUACACCCCUCAGACCCCCCACCUGCUUUUGUGGCACGGCGCAGGUACAUGAACGAUAUCAUGAAUUACAGCACUAGUCUUUCGAAGAAUUCGCGUGCCAAAUUCCUCUCAGGUUGCGAUUGGAACCAGCCUGUUUUGAAAGCGGAACUAGUUCGCCUGCGCAGAAACCUGUUGGAUAAGAUGACGGAUGCAGAAAGAGAAGUUGAAACGAGGUGUUAUAUUUGCGUAGAGCCGCUUAAGAUCUCCACUAUUCCUGCUCCUGUAGCAGCCUCAUGUCUGGCUUUUCCUGCCAUUAUAUCCCGGAUGAACUCGUAUCUGAUAACCCUGGAAGCUUGCGGGAGGUUGGAUCUUACGAUCAAACUUGAGUUGGCACUCGAGGCUUUAACCAAGGAUUCUGAUAACACAGAGGAGCAUCGAGCCCAGCAGCUUCACGUACAAAGGGGUAUGGGGAAGAAUUACGAGCGCCUCGAGUUCCUUGGGGACUGCUUUCUCAAGAUGGCUACCUCCAUUGCUCUUUUCUCACAAAAUCCAGAUGAUGAUGAAUUCGACUACCAUGUCAGCCGAAUGUGUCUUGUCUGCAACAGGAACCUAUUCAACACGGCGGUACAGAAGGAACUCUACAAGUAUAUUAGGACUCAAGGUUUCUCUCGACACACAUGGUAUCCUGAUGGCUUGAGCCUCUUGCGGGGAAAGGAUCACAGCAAGCAGAUGAGCUCAGAGAGUAAACAUGCACUUGGAGAGAAGACUAUCGCAGACGUCUGUGAGGCAUUAAUCGGAGCAUCCCUGCUCACCGGGGGACCCCAGCAUCGAUUUGACAUGGCAGUCAAAGCAGUGACUGCUCUAGUAGACGAUGCGAGCCACAAAGUCACCUCCUGGAGGGAUUACCAGAGUCUAUACAGCAUGCCUAGAUAUCAAGUCCAGACCCCUGAUGGGUUCGAGCUUGAUUUGGCCCGACAGGUCGAGGAGAAGCUCGGUUACAGUUUCAAGUAUCCCCGGCUCUUGCGAUCCGCGUUCACGCACCCUUCCCUGCCCUCCGCUUGGGCUAAGGUUCCCUGCUACCAGCGACUGGAGUUUCUUGGAGACGCUCUGCUUGACAUGGUCUGUGUCGAGAAUAUAUUCCACCGUUUCCCAGAUCGAGAUCCUCAGUGGCUCACCGAGCACAAGAUGGCGAUGGUGUCCAACAAGUACCUCGGUGCGUUAGCGGUUAAGCUGGGUCUUCACACGCACUUGAAACACUUCAGCAACCCUUUACAGUCACAAAUCACUCUUUAUGCGCAAGCAAUUCAGAUUGCGGAGAGUGACAGCAAAGGUGCAGUAGAUUACUGGGUUGAUGCUAACGAUCCUCCGAAGUGCUUGCCGGAUAUGGUCGAGGCCUACUUGGGAGCCAUCUUCGUCGACUCGAGCUUUGACUUCGAGGCGGUUGAAGAGUUCUUCCGUCGCUUUAUCCAGCCCUAUUUCGAGGACAUGGCCAUCUACGACACAUUUGCUAACAAGCAUCCAACUACGUUCCUCCAUAACCGACUCGGAAAUGAGUAUGGCUGCUUGAACUACUGCCUGAAAGCUGGAGAGCUGCCUGGUGCCGAUGGGACUCAAGCAAGUGUGCUGGCAGCAGUCUUUGUGCAUGAUGUUGUCGUUGCCGAGGGUAUGUCGUCGUCUAGUCGCUACGCCAAAGUCAAGGCCAGCGAGAGGGCAUUGGCGGCUCUGGAGGCAAUGACGCGGUUGGAGUUCCGCAAGAAAUAUGACUGCGAUUGUCGGGAGGUGUGUGAUGCGGCAGACCAGGAAAUUGGAGCAGCGAUAUGAGGGAUGAUGUGCUUUAUGAAGUCAGAGCAGUCAAUUGUGAAUUUUUGACAAGGUGUUGAAUGGAUAGUUGAUGUGGCU